AUGGGUCCUGGCUCGAGAGGUUGUACAGUUAAGGGCAGGUUUGGACAAGUUCCGCAUACGCCACACACUAGUAGUACUGAUAAUUUUAAAAUGGCGAACUUUAUAAACAACAAAGACUUUUGGAGCGAAUUUAUUAAUCUAUAUCGCCAGUUGCCAGAAGUGUGGAAAGUGAAGAGUGAUGUGUACAAAAAUAGAAACAAGAAGAACGUCGCGUAUGAAAAACUAACCGAAAAAUUAAAGGAAAGCGCCGAUAGAGAGAUGGUGCGAAAGAAAAUAAAUGUUUUGCGUACUGCGUAUCGGAGGGAAUUGAAAAAAGUAGUGGCGAGCUAUAGAUCUGGCACAGGCACCGAAAAUCUUUAUGAACCAAGUUUAUGGUAUUUUAAAGAAUUAGAUUUCCUCAGAGACCAAGAAAGUCAAUUACCAGGGACUUCUACCACGGACGAGCCCCAAGAGACUGAAAAUGAAGGCAGGGAUUCUUCUCGGGACGAUGGUAACCCAGAAGCAAAAGCAGCAGAAGAGGAAAAUCCAGAUACUUCUCAAGAAAUAGAAAUGCCGGAAGCUGCCACAGGACGUAGAGCUCCAAAACGAAAAGGGACAACCGAGGAAUCUCAGACCCGAAAUGAAUUAUUAAGAAUGGCUUGCCAACAUCUGCGUGCUUCCAACAAUGAGGUAGACAUUCUAGCGAAAAGUUGGGCACUGGAGCUAGUGAAAAUGUCGCCCGAGCAGCAAAUUCACGCGAAAAAGGCCAUUAGCGACAUCUUAUAUGAAGGGCGUUUUGGAACCCUUCACAGAAAUUCUGUAACAAUAAAUGGGCCAAACUCACGUCUACUUUCAUACGGAUAUUCACCUCAUACAAGUAAUAGUAGUCUAUCUCAAUCAUACCCUCCAUCUCCAGUACAAAUCACCACUCUAGAGAACAGACCACAACAUUCAUCCCAAUACGUGUACCCAUCACAUUCAAAUAAUACAAAAACUCAUUACUCCCCAGCUCCGGUACAGAUAGGCAGACCAGAAGACCCAUAUCCAGACCCAGAUUUUAUUUAAAUAUAUUGUAGUAGGAGAAAGUUGCCCAACAGUCAAAUAACUUCAGUUUUUCAGGUUUUAUAUUACUUUGUUUAUUUUUAGUUCAUAUUAUUUGUAUUGUUAUUUUAAUGAACGUUAAUA